GGCAACUGAGCGCUCGGGGCCUUUUCAAAUCGGGAUCCGUUACCGCUUCCCCGGCCGCCGCCAUUGUCGCGCUCGUAGCCCCUCUCGGCGGGCGGCGGAAGGCGGAGGCAGCGGCGGCGCCAUGGCGGACGCGGACAAACCCCCAGCGCCCGGGGCUGCCGGCGACGACCACGCGCCCCCGCAGCCCGCCGAGCCGCCGGGCGAGCCGCGGCGAGACCCGCACCCGCCCGAGCCGGACAAGCAGCCGCCGCCGCACAGCAGCAGCAGCAGCAGCUCCAAUGGCGUUAAAAUGGAGAAUGAUGAAUCAGUGAAAGAAGAGAAAUCUGAGUUGAAAGAGAAAUCUACAGGAAAUAAGAAGGCCAAUAGAUUUCAUCCUUAUUCAAAAGAAAAGAAUUCAACCGCUGGAGAAAAGAAGGGCCCAAAUCGUAACAGGGUUUUCAUUAGCAAUAUCCCAUAUGACAUGAAAUGGCAAGCUAUUAAAGAUCUAAUGAGAGAAAAAGUUGGUGAGGUUACAUACGUGGAGCUCUUUAAGGAUGCGGAAGGAAAAUCAAGGGGCUGUGGUGUGGUUGAAUUCAAAGAUGAAGAAUUUGUCAAGAAAGCACUAGAAACUAUGAACAAAUAUGAUCUUAGUGGAAGACCAUUGAAUAUUAAAGAGGAUCCUGAUGGAGAAAAUGCUCGUAGGGCAUUGCAACGAACAGGAGGAUCAUUUCCAGGAGGACAUGUACCCGAUAUGGGAUCGGGGUUGAUGAAUUUGCCACCUUCCAUUCUCAAUAAUCCAAACAUUCCUCCUGAGGUUAUCAGUAAUUUGCAGGCUGGUAGACUUGGUUCCACAAUUUUUGUUGCUAAUCUUGACUUCAAAGUUGGUUGGAAGAAGCUAAAGGAAGUGUUCAGCAUAGCUGGAACUGUAAAACGGGCAGAUAUUAAAGAAGACAAAGAUGGCAAAAGCAGAGGAAUGGGCACAGUCACUUUUGAACAAGCGAUUGAAGCAGUGCAAGCAAUUUCCAUGUUCAAUGGGCAGUUUUUGUUUGAUAGACCUAUGCAUGUGAAAAUGGAUGACAAGUCUGUACCUCAUGAAGAAUACCGUUCACAUGAUAGUAAAACACCACAGUUACCACGUGGCCUUGGAGGCAUUGGAAUGGGACUUGGUCCUGGUGGACAGCCAAUUAGUGCCAGCCAGUUGAACAUAGGUGGUGUAAUGGGAAAUUUAGGUCCAAGUGGUAUGGGAAUGGAUGGUCCAGGUUUUGGAGGCAUGAAUAGAAUUGGAGGAGGAAUUGGGUUUGGUGGUCUGGAAGCAAUGAAUAGCAUGGGAGGAUUUGGAGGAGUUGGCCGAAUGGGAGAGCUAUACCGUGGUGCAAUGACUAGUAGCAUGGAGAGAGAUUUUGGACGUGGUGAUCUUGGAAUAAAUCGAGGCUUUGGAGAUUCCUUUGGUAGACUUGGCAGUGCAAUGAUUGGAGGGUUUGCAGGAAGAAUAGGAGCUUCUAACAUGGGUCCAGUAGGAUCUGGAAUAAGUGGUGGAAUGGGUGGUAUGAACAGUGUGACUGGAGGAAUGGGGAUGGGACUGGAUCGGAUGAGUUCCGGCUUCGAUAGAAUGGGACCUGGUAUAGGAGCUAUACUGGAAAGGAGCAUCGAUAUGGAUCGAGGAUUUUUAUCAGGUCCAAUGGGAGGCGGAAUGAGAGACAGAAUAGGCUCCAAAGGCAACCAGAUAUUUGUCAGAAAUUUGCCUUUUGACCUGACUUGGCAGAAACUAAAAGAGAAAUUCAGUCAAUGUGGUCAUGUAAUGUUUGCUGAAAUAAAAAUGGAGAAUGGGAAGUCAAAAGGCUGCGGAACGGUCAGAUUUGACUCCCCAGAAUCAGCUGAAAAAGCAUGCAGAAUAAUGAAUGGCAUAAAAAUCAGUGGCAGAGAAAUUGAUGUUCGCUUGGAUCGUAAUGCAUAAUUUAAACCAUGGUCGGAACAUUCUUACAUCUGUUUUGCUGAUUCUCCUAGUAAAAGUCAUUUUUUUAGUGAUACUAUGUGCUUACAAAAGCUGUAAAAAUGAACUUUUAAGACUCCCACCAGCUUUUAACAGUAUAGUGUUAAAUAUACUGUGAUUUUUGUUAUCUCAAGUUUGGGUUUUUAAAGACAGCAAGUCUGGUCAUUCAGUUUAUAUGAAUGGUUAUACUGUUUUUAAUGAAAUAAGCCAUUUUCUUGUUAUUUUCGACACUACAUCGUGGGAUUUGUUCAAGUUUCCCCAAAUUUUAUCAACUUAUUGUAAUGUGACAUAGAUGGUUUUUUUUUCAGAAAUUCUGUUUUAUAUAUAUACAUAUAUAUAUAAUUGUCCUUGUAAAGAAAGGGCUCAGACAAAUUAAGAUGCGAUUUUAGUUGGCUCUAAGUUACUUUUCUUUUGUGAUAAACAAUGUAAGUAAGUUUUAGAUUGUAUAGUUCAUGACUUUUAUUUUAAUUAAAUGAAGAAAUGGAUUUUUCUUUUUCUGCCCAUCCCCAUCAUUCAUAUUUCCA